AGGCUCGGUGCCCGCAGCGCGGCUUCCCGGAGUUACGGGCCCCUGCCCGGCCUCGCUGGCCCCGGGGCCUCUGCGAUCGGGUCCCUAGGCCUCGGGAGGAGCCCUCGGGCCAAGGUCCCGCUGCCUGCUCUGCGUGUGGCCUGCUCCUGGUAACGGGCAGGCGUACCUGAGGGUGGGGGGCAGAGCCACAGGGAAAAAUCAAAGCAUUGACAAAGGGAACAGUUCAACACCACAAAGCCACCAUCGAUCACUGCUGUUUUCUGCAAGCGUGAUUAGUAACAGCAAAGCAGACUCAGUGCUGGAAGUCUGAAAUAACAAUAGGACCACCAGCUUCGUGAGCCUGUCAAUGCCCAGAAAGCUUCACCUGCAGCUGGAAGAAGCAGCCUGUCCCAUUGCAAGAAUUCAGUCUAGUUCUGUUUUAAAAUAUUGGAGUCAGCACUUGCAAGACGCAUGGGAAAUCGGGAAAGGAUUACUCAUGAAUGGGAUCCAGAUGGUGAUGGUUAGUGGCUGAAGUUUCUGGGCAAAAUGCCAGGAUUAUUCAAGUUUUCAGAGGUACCCAGAGAAUACCUACAGAUACACGGCCUAUCUGCAGAGAUUUGCUGACUCGUUUUGAGGACACCCAGGAUGAGAGAGGAGACCCAAGAGAAGGGACCCGAGAAGAGCCAGCAGACUCUUUGUGGACUUCCUUUGCUGAUGACAGAGUCAGACUGAGAAUAGAUAACUCAUGUCCGCAGACUCCCAUAACGGUUCAUCAGAUGUUCAAGGAGAGCCUAGAGAAAUAUGGAUCUCUUAAUGCUUUGGCCAGCAGAAAGAAUGGAAAGUGGGAGAAGAUAACUUUUUCAGAGUAUUAUUGCCUUUCCAGGAAAGCAGCAAAGAGCUUCUUGAAGCUUGGUCUUGAACGAUUCCACAGCGUAGCAAUCCUUGGAUUUAAUUCUCCGGAAUGGUUCAUCUCAGCUGUUGGAGCUGUUUUUGCUGGAGGAAUUGUCACAGGAAUAUAUACAACCAAUUCUCCAGAAGCCUGCCACUACAUUGCUUAUGACAGCAAAACCAACAUCAUGGUUGUGGAAAAUCGGAAACAAUUGGACAAGAUAAUGCAGAUCUGGAAUCGUUUGCCACACUUGAAAGCUGUUGUGCUGUACAAGGACUCCAUUCCAGAGAGAUGUCCAAAUCUGUAUACGAUGGAAGAGUUUCUGGACUUGGGAGAUGACAUAUCUGAUGCUACUUUGGAUGAUAUUAUUAACUCCCAAAAGCCGAAUCAAUGCUGUGUACUAAUAUACACGUCCGGAACAACUGGGAAGCCAAAAGGAGCCAUGUUGAGUCAUGACAAUAUAACUUGGACAUCAGCACAUUGCAGCAGAGCAGGAGAUAUGCAACCUGCAGAGGUCCAACAAGAGUCCAUAGUCAGUUAUCUUCCACUCAGCCACAUAGCUGCACAGAUAUAUGACCUGUGGACUGGAAUCAAAUGGGGAGAACAAGUUUACUUUGCUGAGCCAGAUGCUCUGAAGGGCAGCUUGAUCAACACACUAAAAGAAGUGCAGCCAACGUCUCACAUGGGAGUUCCCAGAGUGUGGGAGAAAAUCAUGGAGAAGUUAAAGGAUGCUUCUGCUCAAUCAGGUUUUCUGAAGAGGAAAAUGCUGUCAUGGGCUAUGUCAGUUAGCUUAGAGAGAAACCUGAACUGCUCAAGCAGCAGUGACCUAAAGCAGUUUUGGACAAGGUUAGCAGACUACUUGGUGCUUGCUAAAAUACGCAAUGCUCUGGGUUUUUCUUGCUGUCAGAAGCACUUUUGUGGUGCUGCUCCACUCAAUACAGAAACACUGUAUUUUUUCUUGGGUCUGAACAUCACCUUAUACGAGGCCUAUGGAAUGAGUGAGACCACAGGCCCACAUUGCCUGUCUGGGCCAUAUAAUUACAGGCAGCACAGCUGUGGCAAACCAGUACCUGGCUGCAGAGUGAAAUUGGUGAAUGAAGACACAGAAGGCAAUGGAGAAAUCUGUUUCUGGGGAAGGACUGUUUUCAUGGGUUAUUUAAAUAUGGAAGACAAAACAAAAGAAGUGUUUGAUGAGGAUGGGUGGCUGCAUUCUGGAGAUUUAGGAAAACUAGAUGAGGAUGGCUUUCUCUAUGUCACUGGAAGAAUUAAAGAUUUGAUUAUUACGGCUGGAGGUGAAAACGUGCCUCCGCUUCCAAUUGAAGAUGCUGUGAAAAAAGAACUCCCAAUUGUUAGUAAUGCCAUGGUGAUUGGAGACAAAAAGAAGUUUUUGUCCAUGUUAUUGACCCUAAAGAGUGUACUGGACCCAGAUACAUCAGAUCCCACUGACCUCCUCACUGAGCAAGCUAGAGAUUUCUGCCAGAAGACUGGUAGUAAAGCCACUAAAGUAUCAGAGAUAGUAGCUACAAGGGAUCAGGCGAUCUACCAGGCUAUUCAGGAGGGAAUCAACAAAGUCAACAUGAAUGCUACAAAUAGGGUUCAUUGUAUUCAAAAAUGGAUAGUUCUGCCAAGAGAUUUUUCCAUUUCUGGGGGAGAACUAGGUCCGACAAUGAAGUUAAAACGACUCACCGUGCUUGAGAAAUACAGAAAAGAAGUAGACUCCUUCUAUCAAGAGUAAGAAGUCUUUCAUCCAAGCAUUAAGGAAGAUCUGUGAGCUAAAGAAAGUAUUUCCUAAUCAUAAGCAUUAAGGAAAAUAUGUUUUUGUUAUGUAGUCUAGUUUCACUAGAAAACUGCUGUAUUAAUUUAGUUAUUCCUGAUACUCACCUGAUAGUUUGUCCUGUUCGUAUAGAAGCAUCUACAGUGCGUCCUUUUUAUGAUACAGCUUUUACUUUAUGCCCUAAAUGAACAAGAUUAAAGACACCCUCAUGUUGUGUAUGAAGUGGGGUAUAACUAAUUAAUUCCUCUAGACUGAAAUAGAAGGAAAAUCUUUAUGCAGUGAUUUACCUUUUUUUUUGUUGUUGUUCUGCAGGAGGUUGGCUGUAGCUCAUGCUUUAUUUUGGUAGAUCAGUAGUUACCAGUAGUGUUAAUCAAAACCGUUAUACUAUUCCAGUGAUAAAGAUGAUUAUUAAAAAAAAAAUCAAAAGGCCUCUUUUUUUCCUUCCAAGGGAGAAGCGUAUUUUCACUAGCAUACCAUUUUGAAGCCUAACCAACACUCUUCUAUAAGGGCUAGACUUCAGUGAGACUUUUCUGAAAGCAGCAGGUCAUCACUUCUUAAAUCCAUGUUGAAACAAGUGUCAUUUCCCCUAAAAACAAGCAAUCCAAGAAGUUGGGGGAAUAGCUUCCUAAGAGUGAAAGAAAAACUAGGUAAUAUAGGAGCUCUCACAUAAAAAUAAGUUUGUGUUGUAAAUUGUAGUUUAAAGAGUUCACAGGACUUUUUAAAGCAAAAAUGUUUAGAAGGAAAGUUCAUCUGUAUUGCAACAGUACCAUUGUGUUUCAACAUUCAUGUCGUACUAAUGCUUACGAAUGGGAACUGUAUUUUUUCUUCCCCUUAUAAAAUAUAAAUCACAUCAUGUGAAGGGCUAAGGGGUCGGGUAGUAAGUAAUAUUUGGCAGAGUUACAAUAGCUAACAAGCAGGGAGACUACAGUUCUUGAUUUAAAAACCAAAACAAAAAACACCUUGCAGAACAGGAUAUUUUCUCUAUGAAAGUUCCAUGAUCAGUCUUAAACAUCCUGUAAGUUUAGUUUGUUGCAAGUACCAACAAUCAGAUCAAUGCAAAGACAUGACAGCAGCCUAGGAUUACAAAAACAACAAGCAAUUGGACUUGAAAAACUUUAUUUUUUCCCUAUUUUGUGCCUAAUGGUACUUCAAGAGUUCUUAAACAAGAUUAAAGGAAACAACACAGCCAGCAGCUUGCAAAACAUAGAAGGAACUGUCAUCCUAUUCACCAAAAGGCGGAAUGCAUAAGGAAUAAAGCUCAUUGUCCCUCUACCACCAUGGCAUUAGGCUGUAUAAAACAGCUGUGGUGCUUACUCUAUAGAGUGAUGCUAGAAGAUAUUACCCAAAAUCGUUUGAAGUCUGAAACAACGGCCUAACCAGUCUCAAUGAGAAGUAACUAAGAGGAGUAAUACCUAUUAACGAAAUAAAGCUUUAAGAAGUCUGGUUCUGGCACUACGUAUAAUCCGAUGCUAUAGCCAUGACCUCUGAAAUGUGCAUUUUCUUGUAGGAUGCACUAAUGGAAAGCAUACCCUAAGACAUCCAGGUCAGAGUGGUCAUGAGGACCUGUAUGUGAUGAAGGAGGGAAGGACAAAAGGUGCUUUUGUGCUUACUGGGCUUAGUAAGCAGGAAGAAAAAAGAAUUUGAGAUUCCCUCAAAUAGGGAUGAAAUGUACUUCUGAAAUGUAGGCAGCAGAGCCAAGCCUUCAGCUCUGUCUUAAUCCUUUUAGGACCAGUCCCUUACAUCUAGAGUUUAUAGACUAAAAUUACUAGUCAGUGCAAUGAGAUACACUGAACAGAUUGCAUAAAAACAAAGUACAACACAAAAAGCAAUACAGCAGAAGCCAUAAAAUAUUUAGAAUAAAUUGGCAAAGUUAAUACUUUUCCUUCACAAUAUAUGGCAGAAGUAAGUUUUUAUUAUUUUCUCUCUUCAGAACUCUGUUGUAAAUUAAACUGUGCUUGAGUGAGGAAAACGUUUAAGAACAACUUUGGUACAGAUAUGAAAAACAACUUUAUGUUAAUAUAAAUUCUCACACCUAGCUGGUUUGUUGUUUCUUUAUGUACAUAAAUUAAAUCUCUAGCUUUCGGCAUUUCUUUAUUCAUGCUUUUCAAAGACAAAGCUGUAUUUCAUGAAAGAACAGAGCAUCUGGAAGUGUUUUUUCAUUGCUUUUAAUGCCAAAUUGCUGUUAUUUCAUACCCAUUUCUUUUUGUAAAGGUUAUCUUGUGCUACUGUUAGGCUGAAAAUCUGCCUUUUAAGUUUCAGUAAGAUCAAUAAAAGUAGGCUUUAAACAUUAA